GUGUCUUCUUUUUACAGUAGACAUUGUAAAGGCAUGGUCUUGAGCACUGUGACUUCAUGUCCUCCUCGCCCUCUGACUAAUAUGAAUGACACCAUGGUGAGCCACACGUCCUCUGGAGUGCCCACGCCCACCAAGAGGUUGCUCUGUAGCCAGGACAGGCCCGGUCCCUUGGAUGAGCACGCGCUGAUAGCCUCCUAUGCGGCCCGUCUGCAGCACUGCGCACGUGUUCUGGACAGUCCUAGCCGGCUGGACGAGGAACACCGGCUCAUAGCUCGCUAUGCUGCCCGACUGGCUGCAGAAGCAGGAAACAUGACUCGUCCUCCCACUGACAUGGGCUUUAACUUCGAUGCCAACAAGCAACAGAGGCAGCUCAUUGCAGAACUGGAAAACAAGAACAGAGAGAUCCUGCAGGAGAUCCAGCGUCUGCGUCUGGAGCACGAGCAGGCUUCCCAGCCCACUCCAGAGAAGGCCCAGCAGAACCCCACGCUGCGCGAGCUGCGGCUGCUGAGGCAGAGGAAAGAUGAGCUGGAGCAGAGGAUGUCUGCGCUCCAGGAGAGCAGGCGGGAGCUGAUGGUCCAGCUGGAGGGGCUGAUGAAGCUGCUGAAGGAGGAAGAGCAAAAGCAGGCAGCUCAGGCCACAGGAUCACCGCACACAUCACCCACCCACGGAGGUGUCCGCCCCAUGCCCAUGCCUGUCCGCUCCGUAUCUGCUGGCUCCACCCCCACCCACUGCCCACAGGACUCGCCAAGCGGAGUUGGGGGAGAUGUGCAGGAGGCCUUUGCACAAGGUACGAGGAGAAACCUCCGCAAUGACCUGCUGGUGGCUGCUGACUCCAUCACCAACACCAUGUCAUCCCUGGUGAAGGAGCUCCAUUCAGCAGAGGAAGGUGCAGAGGAAGAAGAAGAGAAGAUGCAAAAUGGGAAAGACAGAGGUUAGUGGAGGAGCCGGACCCAGAGGAAGCUCUGGCACAGAGGACAAGGAGCAAGCUGGCACCAACAAGACGAAGGGAAGGUCUUCCCCCAGAGGCACAUUCCUAUCCAUCUUUCUGCUGCACACCUGGACUGGGCUUGCAGGCUGCCAGACGUCACUCCACCAACAGGGAGAGGGGAGCCAAGCGGUGGGAAGUGGAGGGGGAGCUGCAAGAAGCAGCAGCUGGUGGGCCUUCCCCUGCAUAGCCUUGCAUGUACUAGCGGCUUCAUUCCUCCCCUCAGGGCAUGGUCUCAUCUCUGCAUCAGGAAUUUACCAGGAGGUUGAAAAGAGAAAAGAAAAAGCGCUAAGC